AUGUAUUUUCUAUUAAAUCUAGCUGUGGUGAAAGGAAGACCCUUCAUCUCGAUCUGGGUCGGAGAUGCGAGUUUCGAUCAGUGGCAACGUGUGGAGAUCAAGGAAGGAUACACUGCAAUCAUCCCAUCGGGAUACAUUCAUUUCGUGUACACCCCUGAGGAUUCGAUUGUUGUCGGAGGAAAUUUCCUGAUGACUCAAUAUUUGGAGCAACACUUCGACCAAGAAGAUGCCGCCACAGCCAGAGACCCAGCUGAUUCUAAUCCCCAAGGCGUCGGGAUCUGGAGAAAUGAUCUUCUACUUAAAUAA